GUAGGCACUUAAGCACUAGGCACUAGCAAUUGGCAAAAGGGUAUUUACUAAUAUAACUGGCAAGGGUUCACAAGUUGACGUUAUGAUUGGAUCAUGAAACACAGCUCGUGUCCUUUUAAGCCUUUAACUUUCCCUUCCUUCCUUUCUUUCUUUCUAUAACUCAUGCUCUUUAUAGGGUCUUUAAAAAGAAGAGUGCCAGAAAAAUAAACAAACAGAUGAUAAAGAAGAUUUACAUAGAAUAAAGUCUUGUUUUUUUAACCCAAAAAGAGAAAAAGAAAAAGAAAACUAAGAAAGCUAUCAAUACCCUCUUUCAUUCUUUUAAAACCACCCAAAAAAAAAAACAGAACAGAGAGCUGAGAGCCCAAAGCUAAUGCAGUUUCAGUUGGAAUAAGCACAAGAUCUAAAGACACAGAAAAAUUCAGAAGAACAAAGAAUGAAAGGAAGAGAAAUCAAAGGAGCUCCUGCGGCAGAUCUCUUGGUGUGCUUUCCAUCUCGGUCCCACUUAAGCCUAAUGCCCAAGCCUAUUUGCAGCCCGGCGAGGUCAUCAGACCCCAACAACCAGCGCCACCACCACCACAACCACCAUCUCCAGCACCUUAAGAAAUCCAGAACCAGAGGUAGUACCGGCCAAGCCAGCCCUGUGUUAUGGGCCAAGCCCAAGUCUUCAAUGGGCACAGAAAUGGUCUCGGAGCCCACUUCCCCGAAAGUCACCUGCGCCGGGCAGAUCAAAGUCCGGCACAAGACGAGCAGCUGUAAGAACUGGCAAUCAGUGAUGGAAGAGAUUGAGAGGAUGCACAACAGCCGGAAACAGAAAAAGGCCCGGCCUAGUUGGGCUGAGGCUCUUGGGAUCAAGAAAGAUGUCAUGCAAUUCCUCACUUGUCUCAGAAACCUUCGCUUUGAUUUUCGAUGCUUUGGCUCGUUCCAUAACGGAGCUGAUAUAACGACUGACGACGAAGACGAAGAAGAAGAAGACGACGAUGAAGAUGAAGACGAAGGGUAUCGUGGAACGUUACGUGAAACUGGUCAUACUGAUUCUGAGGCUUCUAGAACCGUUUUCUCCAAAUGGUUUAUGGUUUUACAGGAAGAACAGAAUAAUAAUAACAAUGAGUUUUUUAAAGAUGACCGCAUGAUGAAAAAAGAAGAAGAAGAAUCGACCGGCGGCGAGGCUGCCGUUCCACCGCCGAAUGCUUUGAUGCUAAUGAGGUGUAGGUCUGCUCCGGGGAAGAGUUGGUUGGAAGAGAAGGAGGAAGAAGAAAAAGAAAAACAAUCACAGGAUGAGAAGAAUAAAGACAGAGACAAAUACGAAGAAGAAGAAGAAGAGAGUGAAAGGUUGGAGAAAAGGUGUAGUAAGAACAAUUUGAAGUGUUUAAUGGAAGACGAGAACAGAAAAACGGCAGAGAAUAACUUGUUGGUGAUGAGAUACGACACCAAGUUUUACAAGAUUUCUUCUGAUAUUGCCAAGGAGACUUGGGUUGUGGGUGGGGUUAGAGAUCCACUCUCCAGGAGUCGAAGUUGGAAGAGAUGAAUUUUCUUCUUAGUCUUUUUUUUUAUAUAUAAUUUCAAUGUCAUUUACUUUUUUUUUUUUUGGGUUCUUUAAUUUGUUCUUGAAGCUAUUUUUUCAUCAAAAGAGUGGAAUUGAAGAGAGUGAUCGUGUGGGAAUGGAGAAAUCCAAUCCCACUGCCACUUUUUUGGGGGUUACUUACCUUAAAAAGUACUGGAGUAGAAUUCGUGUACAGCUUUUUUCCCUCGAUUUUUCGAUAAAGAUUUUGCUGUUUUGUACA